AUGUCCUUUCCGCCACCUCCAGGUCUCAAACAAACGUCAUCUUCGCUCCCCGCGCGGCCACCACCGUCCGCCAGUACAGCCGCCGCGUCUUACCAACCUGCAUAUUCGGCGGCGCCCUCAUAUACGGCUCCAGCCGCCAGCAGCGGAUAUGGCGGAGCUGGCUCUGGGACAGGCUAUAAUGCCUUCACAGCGUUCCAGCCUCGUGCCGUAGCUUCCAGUCAACCUUACCGUACCAGCAGCCCGGCCGUCUCGACGCCGCCAGCUGCUGCAACAGGUUACUCGGCGCCGGCCGCUGCAAAUUACGGUAGUUACUACUCGCAGACACUGCAAACCUACCAGGGUGGACCCACCUAUUACGGUUCCUCACAGUACAGUGACGCCACCUAUGGCCCGUCUGUGCCUCACAUUCAGAAUCCGUUCACCGCUACAGGGACGGGGAAGAAUUACGGUCGCAAUGACUCGGGUCUAGAUCCCGAGACAGAAGCUCAAAUUGCGCAGUGGCAGAGCGCUUAUGCCAACAAGGAGGAAGCUCCGGGAGGCAAGGUAGCAGGCCGUCGCGACGGAGCUACGGGCAUGCCAGGUGCUACCGUGGGAACCAACACACCGACCAGUGCGACAGCGACGAGCACCCCCACACCUGCAAGCCACCCAGAGCAAAAUGCCAAGACCGUUGUGCGAUCCGGCGGUGGCCAGACGUGGACCGAUCCGACUCUGCUAGAAUGGGAUCCGGCGCAUUUCCGACUCUUCGUGGGGAACCUCGCGGGCGAGGUGACCGACGACUCGUUGCUGAAAGCGUUUUCGAGGUAUUCAUCUGUUCAGAAAGCGCGAGUCAUUCGGGAUAAACGCACGCAGAAGAGCAAGGGUUAUGGAUUUGUCAGUUUCAGCAACGGGGAUGACUACUUCGCGGCUGCUAGGGAGAUGCAGGGCAAGUACAUUGGCUCACACCCCAUUCUGCUGCGACGGGCCACCACGGAGAUCCGUCCGACGACUAACCCCAAGGCCGGGAAGAAGAACGCUGGCGGUCACAGCGGAGGACAAGCCGGGGGAAAGGUCAAGCACGACGGCGUCAAGAAGCCGAGCAAGACAAGGGGCGGACUGAAGAUCAUAGGUUGA